CACAGCGCUGCUGUUAUACCCGGUGCAGUUGAGCUCAGUUGCGCUCGGUGCAAUAAUAGUCUGCUGACUCUGCUUGUUGCAUGCACUGCCAUACUGUCGAGUGUCGGCUUCCAACAGCAAGAACUCCGCUAGUGAGUCGGGCACACACUCGUACAAUUAUUGCAGCGUUCUCCCGUUCCUGCGAACUCAGAAAUCGCAACCCUAAACAUUUUGUCGAAAUUAUCAACGCAAUUUCGUUAAGAAUGUUGCCACUCCCGUCCUGAUCAUCUGUUUCAUGUUCGUAUAACAAGGUUUUUUUUAUUUACCUACAGAUUCAGUACUCGUACAGAUCUCCUUCGUAGGGUAAGCAGAAUGCGCUCCAACUUCCAAGCAGUCUGCGACAUGGAGUGACGAGGUGCAUUUCCAGUGGGAAGGUAGUCAACAUUCACAAUGCUGGGCUUAACAAUAUAUAUAUAUAUAUAUAUAUAUCUAUAUAUAUUGUGGCCAGUUUAAGUCUGAAAGCCCGUAGUCGAAAACCCGGCCAGAUAGUAUUCACAGACCAUUAUUACGGCAAUAACAACUACGUAUGCAAAGUUGUCAUCAAGGACAAUUUCUGCACGAGUGCCGGCCGAGCAGCUAUCGCCACACUAUCACUAGUCACGACCAUGAUUGUCUGUUCAAUCAGUGAUCGAACUACCGCCACUGUUCGGUGCACACACGGUGACACACCUGUUAAUUCAGCGAGUGACGGAAAUACCACUAUAGUCUAGUUGACAUAGCCCGCUAGGCCAGUAAGUGACCACUAUAGUUCGGUAGGUGUGCGGGUGACCGAGCGGUCACUACUGUCCCGUGCAAAGAACUCGUGAAGCGAGCGAUUAACUGAGCUGUCACUACUGUCCAGUGCACAGAGCUCAAUAGGUGAACGGGUGACCGAGCGGUCACUACUAUCCAGUGUGCAAAGCCCGUUAGGGAACGAGUAAACGAGCUGUCACUACCGUCCAGUGCACAAAGCCCAUUAGGGAACGAGUGAACGAGCUACCACUACUGUCCGGUGCAAAGGGCAGUUGACAAGACCCGGUUAAGACGGUUAACAAGACCGAACCACGGUUAACAAGACCCUUUGGUGAACGAGCGACCGAACUACCACGUCCACGGAUGUCCGGUUACCAGAGCCCGCUUGGAUAGGGAGUAACCGAAUUGUCAGUGAGUGACUAAACUAUGUCCAGUGCAAAGAUUCUGGGAGUUUGUAGAUUUGUGCGUGGAAGACAGGGGUAAGUUCGUUUCGAGAAUUCAAAAUAAAUUAUUCGUAGAUCUAAAAGCCAGAAUGAAUGUCUUCCAGUACUCAAAAACGAUAAACCGAAUUUUAUACCAAAUUUGCGUUUUCCAGCUGUUUGGCGAAAUAAGAUUUUAAAAAUAAGCCUAUGAAAUUAUUGAAAUAGACCGGCAGUUGACCAAAAGAAAAGCAGAGGCAAAGCAGAAGCUGCUUCUGAAGCUACCGUUACUGCCCAGAGCACAGAAUCUGUCAACUGAACGAAUGACCGAGCUGACACUACCGUCCAGUUCACAGAGCCCGUUAGGUGAGCGGGUGACCGAGCUGCCACUACUGUCCAGUGCACAGAUCCUGUUAGAUAAGCAAGGUAUCACUACUGAUCAGACAUAUACCAGCGCGCACAAAUCUUUCGCCAGUGAUAAAAGCGAACUGCGAAGUGACCGAGUGACCGAACAAGUGAUAGUGUCCAGUGCACUUGCACUAUUUCAGAUUUAGUACCUAAUAGACAGUGAGAUUUCGGGUUUCUUUUCGGGUAGAGGAUAUAAAAAAAAAUUUCUGUACAGCCAAAGGGAAUGCUUCCGACCUGGAGAGAAUCAUGAAGUUAUUCUUAUAUAAAAUCCGUGCUUUUGCCCUAUUGUGAUGUACCUAUCGAUCAUUUUUCGACGAAAUGUAGAUGUAUACCAAUAAAUAUUCAUUCAAAAUUGAAUAAAGUGGCCCUGGUCCGUGGAUCACAAGAAACGCGGAGGCGAAGCCGAGGCUGAUUCUUGUAUAUAUAUAUUGUGGCCAGUUUAAGUCAAGCUUAGUCUUGAAAAAUUCCAUAUUUUCCGUAGGUUUGCGGAUAGAUUUUUUUUUAUUAUCCAGUGGUCAGAAGAUGGUUUCACUUGGUCUUAAGUACUGUAUAGGAAACGUAAAGAGCACUCGAAGAAGUAUUCACUGCACAGCAAUAAAAGUAGUAACAUAAUGACUGUUGCAACUUACCACAGAGACUAUAGCGGAUACAUGUAAAUAUUUGCUGUCUAUCGUGGAUGAUAAUUAUUGUCGCGUACAGUGAAACUUCUCUUAACAUUCACCUUCCUAUAACAUUCACCCCUUUACUGCUUACAUGAGGGUGGGAACCAAACCGUCCGGUAGACUUUAACACAAGGGCAGUUCUCUUUAUAACAUUCAUCCCUUUACAGCCAUAACAUACACCUUUUAUGAAACCGGUAACAGUUUGACCAGCUUUUUCAACCCCAGCAUAACAUACAGUUGGCAACGCUGGUAAAAAAAACCAUUUCGGAGACUCUAAAACAAAGUUCCGGCUUCUAUUAAUUUUGUAAUCCGUUCAGUACCGCAUCUUCCAACUCCACGCAUACAAAAGGGCAGCAAAACCAACAUUCAGACCGAAUAAUAUCCACACUCUGGUAUUUUGUAAAAUUUUUGUUGAAGUAAAACCCCCGGCGGCUACGCCCCUGAGCCCUUGUGGGCAGUGCCCCUGGGGGCAGUGCUCCUGUAUAAUAUACACCUCUCUGUGACAUUCAGAAAGCCUGGAACGGAGGGUGUAUGUUAUAGAGAAGUUUCACUAUAUGCAGUAUCUAUGUAUGCGACAUAAGAGGCAUUAUAGUUCACCUUUUAUGGACGUUUACCAAUUAGUUUACUGUUCACACAAUAAUUAUCAUCCACACUAAAAAGCAAGUAUUUAUGCAUUCGCUAUAGUCUCCGUGGACCGUGGUUACAGUCAUUAUGUUGAAACACUCUUUAUUGCUGUGCAGUGAAUACUUCUUCAAGUGCUCUUUACGUUUUCUAUACUGUCACGCCGGUAUACGCAUAGCGGUCAUUUGAAAGGCGGCUAUGUUUAUGAGCUUUAUAAUUUAUUGCUAAACUUGUAUUUGUGCAUGAUGCGUUUUAUUACAGAUUGUUUAACUGCAUGCAGGUGUGCAUGGAUGAGCACGUUAUGGCUUUGGCCAUAACGCUUGACAAUUUAAAAGAGAUUGUUCUCUUGUUUUUAUUGUCACCGUGAAAGUUACCGAACUUUCUACAUACAAUCGUUGCAACACGGUUGCAUUUGAAUAUGUAUAAGGAGUUGCUUUGCUGUGUAUGGUAUCGAUCAUUCCAGCAAUCGGUCUACCAUUUCAUGUUGCUUUCCAUCUCAUUGUUAUUCUUCCUUGUUGUGUGAUUAAAGUUAUCGUUAAGAACUACUACUUUCGCCUUCCGUUAAGCACUAUUACUUUCGCCUCCCCGCCCUUUUUCCACAAUAAACGCAACUUAUCGCAACCGUACCGACAACAUGCAGUUUUAAGUGCUUUUCAUGUGCUGAUGUUUGUUUUUGCAUGUGUUGAUGUUUUUUCUGGUGUAUACUUGUUUCUGCUGGCUUUCAUGUUUUCGUGGUAUCGCAUUUCGAUGUUAUUUUAACAUUCUGGUUUGUUCUCCGCUGUCUGAAGCUUAGAGGGGGCAGUCGCUUCGUUGCAAGGACAAUAAACUUCAUUACAUUACAUUACAAGUACGAGUAUAUAACGCAGUCAUAUAGUACACGGCACUGGCCCCUAUUAAUACUUAAGACCUGUGAAACCAUCUUCUGACUGGUUAAUAAAAACAACCAAAAUCUAUUGGCAGACCUACGACAAAUAUGGAAUUAUUUAAGACCAAGCUGGACUAAAACUGACCCCGCAUUGAUGAGUCUAUCAACACAGCUGCUCGCUCUAGCGCGCGACCAGUGGUGUUCUAGACUUCCAGGGCAACAAAUCGGAGGCUGGCCAUUUCUUGAUUUAUAGGGGUUGAUUUGUUUUCAAACGUCAAAUUUUUUUUCUAUUCGAUUUUAAUUGAUACCGAAUCGUAACUGCAGAAUUUCUUAUUCCCCUUUCUUCAUCGCGUUAGGAAAAGCGCUGAUCACGCUGAAAAAGCCGGUCCUGUGGUCGCUGCCCGCCGGCAACGAAGCGUACGUCCCACCGGAAGUCGUGGAUCACCUGGACUUCCUCAUUUUACCGUGGGUGCCGCAGAAGCGCGUGCUGGCCGCCCCCGCGGUGGCGGUCAGCCUAAGCAACUCGGCUGCAACGGAACGCUGGACGUCCUAAAAAGCGGCAUCCCCAUCGUCUCCUUCCCCAUGCUGGCCGACCAAUUACUGAUCGGGGCGGCCAUCUAAGAGCAGGGCAUUGGCGUUCGCCUGCGGGGGACGGGCUACAAACCGCAACGCCUACUUCCGGCCGACGAUAUCGCCCGCGCGGUGCGCGAGGUUGGAGAGUUUGAGGAAAAAGGGGCAGGAUUCCAUUAAAAAGAGCACGGGAGAUCAGCGAACAGAUUAAGGAAUGCAAUUUCACUGACCACUGCGGGCGGUUGGCCUUUCCGCAUUCUCAACACGGCUUGUCGGCUUCUUGCUGUUUCCCUGUAGUUGCCGCGCUCAUAGCGCGUAACAUACCGCUACCGAAUGCAUACCAGCUGUAAUAAUCCGCCUCUAGCAACCCGAUCACCCCCGUGGCGCGCCUGCUACGGUGGUGACGCUAGGCCACUUUGGAAGAUACUGCGGAAUAUUGCGCCCACCGUCGUCAAACUCUUCUCAUUUUUGUGCACGACUGUCUUUUAGAUUGCUGUUUUCCAGUAUUUAGUCGUGUAUUAUUUCGUUCGGGCAAUUGUUUCGUCAGCAGCAUGUCAGAACAGAGGCGCGUUGCCAUUGUUGGCUCCGGGAACUGGGGCAGCGCCAUCGCGGCGGUAAUCGGGGGGAAUCUGCAGAAGGAGCAGAGCAAGUUCUACCGGGAAGUGCGCAUGUGGACGUUUGAGGAGCUUAUCAAUGGGCGAAAAUUGACGGAUAUUAUUAAUCAGGAUCAUGAGAAUGUCAAGUACCUGCCUGGGCACAAGCUCCCUGAAAAUGUGAUCGCCGAGCCGGACAUACUGAAGGCGACGGAGGAUGCGGAUCUGCUGGUGUUCGUCCUGCCGAACCAGAUUUUCGCGCGUAGUUGCGAGCAGUUGGUCGGGAAGGUGAAGAGCGGCGCCAUCGCGUUGUCUCUUGUGAAGGGGUUGAAUUAUCCCGAACCGGGGAAGAUUGGGCUCAUCUCCGACAUCCUCAGGGAGCAGUUGGGCGUUGAGGUCGGUGUGCUCAUGGGGGCCAAUAUCGCCAACGAAGUGGCCGCCGGAUCCUUCUGCGAAGCAACCAUUGCCUUUAAAAAUGUGGAACAUGGCCGAUUAUUCCGCGACGCGAUUCAGACGGAGAACUUCCGCGUGACGGUGGUGAAUGACGUGGCCAAUGCAGAAUUGUCAGGCGCAUUAAAGAACAUUGUGGCGUUCGCGGCGGGCUUGAUUGACGGACUGUAUGGAGAAAAAGCUCGCGCCACGAAAGCGGCGGUGAUUCGGCUGGGUAUCAUGGAGAUGAUUGAUUUCGCGGAGAAGUUCUUCCCGGGCGGAUCCCGCGACACCUUCCUGGAGAGCUGCGGUGUGGCCGACGUCAUUACGUCGUCCUUCGGCGGACACAACCGGAAAUGCGCGGAAGCCUUCGCCAAACAGCCGCAUAAAGUUAGCAACUUGUUCUUGCAAAAUAAUCAAUUUUUUCGUGAUUUUUAUGAUAAUUUCGUUUGAAUUAUUCUGGCAGCU